AUGGCACCCUCCAAGCAAACGAAAAUCACCGACCCGAUGAGGCAGAACAAAAAAGAUAAAACGAGGUCGGCCCAUGCUGCCCGUCCGACAUCACCAGAAAGCCAAGAGGCCCCAGAUUUUGAUCCACAAACACCAGAUGAAGAGCUGGUCACUAACAAGAGCCUCCACACAAUGCUGCAGGCCUUAAAGGGCUCGCUACGAUCUGACCUCCGCCAAUAUACCAACGAGCUGAGGAAGGAAAUUGCUGAGUUGGGAGGCCGCACUAGCCACCUAGAAACGAAAACAGAAGAGAUCUGUGCAGCCCACAAUGACUUGGUCGAUAAAUUGCAAUACCUAGAAGAGGAACAAAAGUCCCUUAACCCCUUAAGGACCAAACUUCUGGAAUAA